AUGAGCUCCGGAGCUGGCUGUCCAGUUGCGGCUGUCAACAACAGCAAUCACCUGAGGGUGUAUACCCAGGAUCCAAGCGGCGGUAUUCGCGAGAGUGCAUAUGAAAAUAGAUGGUACCCUGGCGGGAUAAUUGCCAACUGCAAGUCGGGUUCUCCCCUCGCUGCUACAUCCCUGGCGCUUGACAGUGAGGCAGCCCACGACGCUACCUCUGGCUGGUACACGGGUGCAUUGAACAACAACAACUUCCAAGUCGCAGCCAACAGCACCGUGGGAGCCGCUUACCUUGCGGGAACCCAAGCGCUCCGAGUCUAUGCCCAGUCGCCCGAUAAUUCAAUCCAAGAAUACGGAUGGGAUGAAUGGCAGACUCUCUCUAACCUGGGCGCGGCACUCCCUGGAACAGCCAUAGCCGUUACGUCCUUCUCGCAGCCUAACCAGGCAAUAAGACUGUACUUCCAAGACACCCAAAACAAUCUGGUUGAGAUGGCCCACGAUUCCGAUUCAGGCUGGAACCCUGGCAGCUUUUCGGUCCCCAAUGCCAGCCCUGGAACCGCUCUCGCCGUUACCACUACGGAAGAUGGCAGCAUUCAUGUUUACUACGGUGGUUCUAACAAUAGUACCCUGGAGAAAGUCCAUGAUUCUAACUCAGGUUGGUAUGACGGCGCCUUCUCCCAGACCGGCAUGCCUGGAAGCCAGGUUGCCGCCAUAAAUUGGGGCACUGGCAGCGGGUUGAAUAUCCGCGUGUAUUUCCAGCAGCCACAAUCUGUGCCCGGGGUGUCGGAGUAUCAGUAUGUAAAUGGCAACUGGACGGCUGGACAGAUACCCAUUCCGCCUGCAUAA